AUGGUAAAACUCAGGUGGCAGCCGCUCCCGGCGUUCUCUAGCGAUGUUCCCACCUUGCUCGUCUCACCACUUUUUGGCCCUUCGUCCUACACGCUCUAUGUGACUGACCUAGCCAAUGUGUGGGUCGAGACGAUGGAUCGGAGAGCUAUCCUAUUGCGGAGCCUCCAGAAUGACACCAGCAUCGAUCUGAGUGAGGGUAGCGACCAGAUGGAUAUGCUACUCGCCAAAGUCAAGUCGGCAUUUGAUCCAACCUCAUCAGACCACCAUCAGACCAGUCUGAGGCUAUCAGCCCCGUCCACAAAGAACGAGGAAGGCCGCCUCGAUCUUCUCAUUACCUGCACCCUGCCGGCUGAUCUGGAACCUCUGAAGUGGCCGGUGCAACUCUCAAAAUGCCCAACUACCUCGUUGACCUCGGAGCUUGUACUCCCUUUAAUCCAAGCGCAGCGCCAUUGGAGUCGUGAGGUGGAAGCUCUCAUCGCCAACCUCAAAGACAAAGAUGCCGUCAUUGCCAAGUUGGUGGAUAAGCUUGAGAACACAGGAACCGGCCUCGAGAAUGUGUUCAACUCUCUCACCGGGAAGCGAAAGGCUACCCGAGCUGCCGCUGAGGACAAGGUUAAAGGGCUUGCUCCGUUCAACGAGUCUAGUUGGAGGACCACCAUCAUGGCGGACGUAGAAGCAGCAGGAGAUCUGUCAUCCCUGAUCCACGACGUCUUUGGCGGGCCUGGGCCUAUCCAUGGUACAGACCAAGAAAUCAAGGCUUCUGAUAGUCUGAAUGAUUGGUGGACCACACUCGGCGGCAACCCGGCCAUCUGUGUUCAACGUGAACGACUCGUGGAGACGGCAAAAGGUCCUACCAAUCCACCGUCACAGGACACAAGGCACACCGCAGACGAUGAUGAUGACGAUUUUCAGGUCCAAGAUACACCACCACAUUUGGCAGCUGCCAGAAAUAAACGGGGUAAUACAACGAAAGGCAACGACAGCACGACAGACGAGGAUGAGCCAUCUGUGAUCCCGGACAGCCACCCUACUCCAUCACAACAGCAGAAGAAAUCACGGCUAAAGCCGAUCAAACGACUCGGUGCCAUUGGUGGUCGACGGAACGAGCCGACUAUCUCUCCGGCAGAGUUAUCCUCCCCUGUGACACUGCCGCAGAAGCCGGCUGACGGGGAUACUGCCACUGAGUCUGAGGAUGAUGAGCCAUCAGUGGCCAAAUCUCCAACACCAUCGAAAGACCUUCCGACACGGAGGAAACGCGGGCUUGGCAAGAUUGGUGGGAGACCACGGUCGACCCCAGAGCCUCCCAUGGGGACAUCAGCGUCGCCUGAUCCGAUGACCGCCAGCCCGGAGAAGGUCGCCGGACGGAAGCUUGGGGGCACUGGAAAGAAGGUCCAGCAUGAUAAGCGCCGGCAUGCAGAAGCGUCAACAGAACAGCAAGAGAUGCCGGAGGCUGCUGAGCAGAAAGCCGAGCGAAAGCGCAAUGAACUCCAGAAGGAACUAGAACGCAAAGCUGCCGCUGGGCCUGCCAAGAAGAAGAGAAAGUUUUGAAGACGGGAAACAUCACACUAUUUUGACACAUCUACGAUGGGACACCGGUGGGCUGCCAUAUGCUGCUUUUGUUUUCAUUCCGAAGUUGCCCCCAUUCACCUUCUCUGAUCGCCAUCUUAGCGAAGAACAAACUAGUGGCAGCGCGCACACCAUCAUGAGAUGUGGAGUCAUAUCAAGGAAAUGCUUGGCUGCUUCCAUCUGAUCCGAGAAAUAUGAUGGGUUUCGCAACUAGGUUCUCAUAGAUUUGGUCCUGGCUACAACUGAGAGCACGGAUUUGAUGUCGUCUCUCACUGGCAUCAGUGGAUUUCUGUGUGAGGAUUAUCACUGGCGCUGUAAAGGGAAAGGACAGUGACAUGAAGCUUAUUCCACGAUGCCACAUUGGCGAGAGGAAGUGAACCUCCGCUUAUUCUAUGUGAAUCAUUGUUGUUCUAAACUAGAAUACCCGUUCUGCCGAG